AUGCCUGCUAAAGCUGUUUAUGAAACCACCGAUGAGGGUGUUUAUACUACCUCUGGCGGACAUCCAUAUCCAGAACCAUAUGAAGUUCAAAGAGUCGGAAGAAAUGGACCUCUGCUACUCCAAGAUUACCAUCACAUAGACUUAUUACAAAGCUUUCAUCGAGAGAGAAUACCUGAGCGAGUUGUUCACGCUAAAGGUUCGGGUGCGUUGGGCUACCUAGAGAUUACUCACGAUAUCUCUGAUAUCUGCUGCGCCGCUAUAUUCAACAAGGUUGGAAAACAAAGCCCUGUGGUAGCCCGGUUCUCCACUGUGGGGGGUGAACGUGGCUCUCCCGACACUGCUAGAGACCCUCGUGGAUUUUCAAUCAAGAUCAAAACUGAAGAAGGUAUCUGGGAUUGGGUAUUCAACAACACUCCAGUCUUUUUCUUGCGCGAUGCAGUCAAGUUCCCACAUUUCAUCCACACCCAAAAGAGAGAUCCGCAAUCUCAUCUCGCUCAUGGUGAUGACCCUGACAUGUUCUGGGACUACUUGUCUCAAAAUGCAGAGUCCAUCCAUCAAGUGAUGAUCUUAUUUGGAGAUCGAGGUGUCCCCGACGGAUACCGCGGGAUGAACGGCUACUCAGGCCACACCUUCAAGUUUGUCAAUAAAGAUGGCACCUUCAAAUAUGUCCAAAUCCAUUGUUUAGCUGAUCAGCUUAGAGGGGCUUUCCUCACCCAAGAGGAUUCAGUGAAGAAGGCCGGCGAGUCUCCAGACUAUUCCACUCGGGACUUAUUCGAAGCAAUUCAAAAAGGCGAUCAUCCUUCUUGGACAUGUUACAUUCAAGAAAUGACUCCCGAGCAGGCUGAGAGUUUCAGGUAUAACAUUUUGGAUUUGACGAAGAUAUGGCCCCACAAGGAUUUCCCUCUUCGUCCCUUUGCCAAGCUAGUUUUGAAUGAAAACCCUAUCAAUUAUCAUGCCCAGAUUGAACAAUCUGCGUUUUCUCCUGCUCAUAUGCCUCCUGGAGUGGAACCUUCGGCUGAUCCAGUCUUGCAAUCCCGACUAUUCUCGUACAACGACGCGCACCUGUACCGUUUGGGCACCAAUUAUACACAACUUCCUGUAAAUAAACCCAUCAAUCCAGUGGCCAACUUUCAACGAGACGGUCUUAUGGCUUUAGAGGACAACCAAGGCAGUCGACCAAACUACAAGAGCACUAUCAAGCCCUUAAAUUAUCCCAAGCGUCCAUACAAUUUGGAGCACGAGGUCUUCAUAGGGCACGCGAUGGCAGACUUGUCAGAAGUGACAGAACUUGACUUUGAGCCCGCUCGUGCUCUUUGGUCGAAAGUAUUUGACGAUGGCGCCAGAGAAAGAUUUGUGAAGAACGUCUCUGGACAUCUUGGCAACGUCAGUGUUGAACGGAUCAAGUCUGACCAAGUAGCUAUUUUCCUUACCGUCGACGAAGACUUGGGUAAAAAAAUCGCCAAAGAGAUCGGUUUGAAGCAAAUCCCACAACCUUACAAGCCUUUGCCAGCGAGCUCAGCAUACAGGUUUGCAUCUUUUUAG